CGGUGGGUUGUUGGAUUAUUUUGCAAGAAACACAGACAGGGGUUUACCAUCGAUUUUCUUCUGUAACUGAUCAUCACUACUACUGGUAUGUCGGCAAUGGAGGAAGAUUACUCUGUUGAUGCUUCAAAGCUUCUCCAAGCAGCUUCUGACUUCUCGUUUGAUCCUGGUACUCGGUCAGAAGCUGCUGUGAAGGAAUUUAUUGGCUCUUUUCCCCUUCCUGUUAUCAUCAAUGCGCUGCAAACCAAAGGAGAUGUGCCUGGUUUGGAGGAUGCAUUGGUUGAUUGUCUAGAGAAGAUAUUUAGAACAAAGUAUGGGGCCUCUCUUAUCCCAGAAUACAUGCCUUUCAUUGUGGUUGGCCUGCAAGCAUAUUCUCAGAGAGUCAUAACUUUGGCUUGUAAAACGAUCUCUAGCCUUUUGGAGAAUCUUGAUGAUACUGGUUUCGCUACUUCACUGAUAAAAGAGAAUUGCGCGUAUCCGCUUUUGCUUAAUUGUCUCAUUGAUGGUGAUGAACAAGUGGCUGUUGCUGCGACAGAUGCAAUCAGGACUUUAGCAAGCUCUCAACAGGGAAUCGAAAUCAUAUUCCCAGCUACUCCCAGUGAAACUACAGAUAUUACAAAGUUAGCAGCAAGAUGUUCAUCAAUGGGACGAGUACGAGUUUUGGCAUUGAUUGUGAAGCUAUUUUCUACUUCCAGUGCAGUAGCAUCGUUAGUUUACAACUCAAAUCUUCUUGGUCUCAUGGAGGCAGAAGUUCGUAAUACUAAAGAUACCCUCAUGACCUUGAGCAUGUUGGAGCUCCUUUACGAGUUGGCUGAGGUCCAGCAUGGAAUGGAAUAUGUGCUACGGACCAAUAUCUUGCAGUUACUUAUUUCUAUAAUCAGAAAUUCUUCUGCUGAAUCGAUGUUGAGGUCAAGGGCAAUGAUGAUAAGCGGACGGCUUUUAUCGAAGGAGAAUGUUCUUAUGUUUAUAGACGAAUCCAGUAUUAAAGCUGUGAUUUCAGCCAUUGACGAAAGGCUUUCAUUGCUAGAUAAUCAAGAUGCAGAUGAAUGUGAAUGUGGUCUUGAAGCAAUAGGUCAAAUAGGGUCAUCAAUCCAGGGAGCUGUCUUGCUCCUGUCAAACACAUCUGCUGCUAGACAUGUUGUUAGCGCUGCCUUUGAUCUGCAUGGCCGUGGGAAACAACUGGCCGCCUUGCAUUCUCUUGGGAACAUUGUAGGAGAAAGUCGGCCUGAGAACAACAAACUGCUGAAUGCUGAUGCUGAAGAAAGCCUGCGUAGAUUAAUCUAUGAAACAGCAUCCAACACUCCAAAGCUCAUACCAUCGGGUCUUGUUCUUGCCAUUCUUAAACUCGAGUCUGAAUUUCGCAUCGCGGGUUAUAGGUUGAUAGCAGGAUUGGCUGCUAGACCAUGGUUCCUGGUGGAGAUCUGCUCCAGACAAGAGAUAAUAAAUAUAGUAACAGAUCCGUAUACAGAAACAACUAAAAUAGUGUCUGUGUAUUCCACCAAUAAUCAAGUUUUACCAACGAGAAUGUGCAUACUAACAAAGUCUAAAAUCCAGCCACGGGGUAUGGAAGCCAGAUACAACUGUUGUGAGGCGACCUACAAGGCUCUUGCAGCAUCUUCUAAAUUUCUGAAUGAUCCAGCUCUUUCUGGGACAGCCGAAAAGCUGCUGGAAGCUAUUAGAAAGGGCCCUUAUCUUGCAAAAGGACGUCAACGGGAAGCUCAACCUGAAGUUGCAACUGCCGAUAGAUUUUAGGGUUCUUGAAGUUGCAAAAUGGGUGGAUGCAAAAUGUUGAAGCAUCGGGUAUUUUCACCUUUCCGCCUCCAAACUAGAAAAAGGUGAUGUGAUGCCGUAUGUUUUGCUUUCUGUAAGGAACGUAAGCGAUUGUAAUCUAAUGAUCUUGAAUCCAUUUUAAGCAGUUUCAUCGGUUGUAAGAGAUGGUAAGCGCUCUCAUAUUGUCGUGGAACGUAAGUUGUGGCAAAAGAACAAGAUAAGAGUGCUUGAGAUUGGAGCUCAAGUUAAAAACUAUGAUAAUAUAAGUUUGAUUCAAGAGCUUAAAAGGAUCAGAUUUACCACAAGCUUGAUUUCAGUUUGACUUAAAAAAUCGAACACCAAAACUUGACAAUCAGUAUAUGCGUACGGUUUUAGUGUUGGACGUUUUUAGCUCUUAUUUGUAUCCGAAUUUGUUUACCUUGGACUUAGGGGUUGUUU